ACAAGUGAGAGAGAGACUAAAGAAGCAAGUUGUUGAGAUGAAAGAGAAAUUUCCAGGCUUCAGACCAGGACUCGCAAUAUUGCAGGUUGGAAAUCGGGAUGAUUCAAACCUCUACAUUAAUAUGAAGCUGAAGGCUGCUGCUGAGAUUGGGAUCAGUGCCAAUCACAUAAAACUGCCAAACACAGCAACAGAAGCUGAUGUCCUCAAGUGCAUUGCCUCCUUGAAUGGAGACCCUGCUGUUCAUGGCUUUAUAGUGCAGCUGCCACUUGACUCUGAUAAACCCAUCAAUACCGAAAAAAUAACCAAUGCUGUUGCACCUGAGAAGGAUGUAGAUGGCUUAAGUAGCAUCAAUGCUGGGAAACUCUCUAGAGGGGACCUUGGAGACUGCUUUAUUCCCUGCACGCCAAAAGGAUGCAUGGAACUUAUCAGGCAGACAGGCAUCCAGGUUGCAGGGAAAAGAGCUGUAGUGGUUGGUCGCAGUAAGAUCGUUGGUGCUCCCAUGCAUGACCUGCUGCUCUGGAAUCACGCAACAGUAACCACUUGCCAUUCUAAGACCUCAACCCUGGCUGAGGAGGUUGGUAAAGCCGAUAUCCUGGUGGUUGCAGCUGGUAAAGCUGAAAUGGUAAAAGGUGAAUGGAUCAAACCUGGUGCAGUCGUAAUAGACUGUGGAAUUAACCAUGUGCCAGACAGCACAAAGGCCAGUGGAAAAAGAGUUGUAGGAGAUGUGGCAUACAGUACAGCAAAGGAAAAAGCUUCCUACAUCACCCCAGUUCCUGGCGGCGUUGGGCCUAUGACUGUGGCCAUGUUAAUGCAGAGCACAGUGGAGAGUGCACAACGUUUUCUGGAAAAGUUUGAGCCUGGAAAAUGGAACAUCCAGUAUAAUCAGCUUACCCUAAAGAUUCCUGUUCCAAGUGAUAUUGAAAUAUCGCAGUCUUACAUGCCAAAGCCUAUUGAUCAAGUUGCAAAAGAAGUUGGCCUGCUCCCUGAUGAGGUGGAGCUGUACGGCCAAACUAAAGCCAAGGUUCAUCUGUCAGCUCUGGAACGGCUGAAGAACCAGCCAGAUGGCAAAUAUGUCGUUGUUACUGGGAUAACUCCUACUCCCCUGGGAGAGGGUAAAAGCACCACCACUGUCGGUCUUGUUCAAGCCUUAGGAGCACACCUUCACCAGAAUGUCUUUGCCUGUGUUCGUCAGCCUUCUCAAGGGCCAACCUUUGGUAUAAAAGGUGGAGCUGCAGGUGGUGGCUAUUGUCAAGUUAUCCCCAUGGAAGAGUUUAACCUUCACCUCACUGGUGACAUCCAUGCUAUCACUGCAGCCAACAACCUGGUAGCUGCUGCUGUUGAUGCACGUAUAUUCCAUGAGCUAACUCAGACUGAUCAGGCUUUCUACAACCGUUUGGUGCCUUCUGUCAGUGGUGUUAGGAAGUUCUCAGACAUUCAGAUUCGAAGACUGCAGAAAUUGGGCAUUAACAAAACCGAUCCUAUGGCUUUGACAAAGGAAGAAAUAAACUCAUUUGUGAGACUGGACAUUGACCCAAGCACCAUAACAUGGCAAAGAGUACUGGAUACAAAUGACAGGUUCCUCAGGAAAAUCACUAUUGGACAGUCUCCAACAGAAAAAGGCUUCUCACGAACGGCUCAGUUUGAUAUCACGGUGAGCAGUGAAAUCAUGGCAGUUCUAGCGCUCUCUGAUGGGUUGGAUGAUAUGAAAAAGCGACUGGGCAGAAUGGUUGUAGCCUCCAGCAAGAGAGGAGAACCAGUUACAGCAGAUGACCUUGGAGUGACUGGUGCUCUGGCUGUCUUGAUGAAAGAUGCUCUUAAACCAAACCUCAUGCAGACGCUAGAGGGAACACCAGUGUUUGUUCAUGCCGGACCUUUCGCAAAUAUUGCACAUGGGAAUUCUUCAGUGUUGGCAGACAAAAUAGCACUGAAGCUUGUGGGUGAAGAGGGGUUUGUUGUUACAGAAGCAGGAUUUGGUGCAGACAUAGGCAUGGAGAAAUUCUUUAAUAUUAAGUGCCGCUAUUCUGGUCUCCGGCCUCAUGUGGUGGUGUUGGUUGCUACAGUGCGAGCUCUGAAAAUGCAUGGAGGAGGGCCUGCAGUAAGUACUCAGCAAGGUUUUCUUUGGGCCUGA